AUGUUUAAUGGAAGAUGCAUUAUCAGCACAACUUUCGAAAGCAAUAUAUCAUAUGUUCUCAGGUUUAUGAUCAAUUGCAAAGUUACUGGGGCAAAUUGGAUUGAAUUACCACCAAAUACUUACACCAUUCGAGAAGAUUCACAAAAAUCUUCAACUUGUCAAUUAGAAGUGGAUAUAAAAUAUGAUAAAUUUAUUAGUCAUCCACCUGAAGAUGAAUGGUUGAAAAUUGCUCCAUUACGUAUUUUAAGUUUUGAUAUUGAAUGUGCAGGUCGUAAAGGUAUAUUCCCGGAAGCACAAAUAGAUCCUGUAAUUCAAAUAGCCAAUAUAGUCACAAUUCAAGGUGAAAAAACACCUUUUAUUAGAAAUGUUUUUACAUUGAAUUCUUGUGCCCCAAUUGUUGCAACAGAUGUAAUUGAAUUUUCUGAAGAGGCAAAAAUGUUACAAGCUUGGAGGGAUUUUGUCAUUAAAGUUGAUCCAGAUUUACUUAUUGGUUAUAAUAUAGCAAAUUUUGAUUUGCCUUACCUACUAGAUCGUGCUAAUCAUUUGAAUGUGACAAAAUUUUCUUAUCUAGGAAGAAUAAAAAAUGUCAAAUCUGAAGCAAAAGAUUCAAGAUUUUCAUCAAAAGCAUAUGGAACACGAAGAAUUCAAUUAGACUUGUUGCAAGUUAUGCAACGUGAACAUAAGUUAAGGUCUUAUACAUUGAAUUCAGUUUGUGCACAAUUUUUAGGUGAACAAAAGGAAGAUGUACAUCAUUCAAUAAUUACAGAUUUGCAUAAUGGAAAUGAAGAGACGCGGAGACGGCUAGCUGAUGCUUAUUUACCUCAAAGGCUUAUGGAUAAAUUAAUGUGUUUGAUUAAUUACAUGGAAAUGGCUCGUGUGACUGGGGUUCCUUUUAAUUAUUUAUUAUCUCGUGGUCAACAAAUUAAAGUUAUAUCACAGCUUUUUAGAAAAGCACAUGAAGAAGAUUUAGUCAUACCAGCUUUAAAAACAGAAGCUUCCGAUGAGCAAUUUGAAGGUGCAACUGUGAUUGAACCUUUGAAAGGAUUUUAUAAUGUUCCAAUUACUACUCUUGAUUUUACUUCUUUAUAUCCAUCCAUUAUGAUUGCACAUAAUUUAUGUUAUACCACAUUGUUGGAUAACAAUGAGAUUGAAAAUCUAAAAUUAAAGGGUGAUAUUGAUUAUAUAACAACUCCACAGAUCAAUGCUCGGUUUGUAAAAGCACAUCAUCGCAAAGGACUUUUGCCAACAAUUCUUGAAGAUUUACUUUCUGCACGUAAAAGGGCUAAAGCAGAUCUCAAAAAAGAAACAGAUCCUUUCAAAAGAGCUGUGUUUGAUGGACGUCAAUUAGCAUUGAAGAUAAGUGCAAAUUCUGUGUAUGGAUUUACUGGUGCAACAAUAGGUAAAUUGCCAUGCCUAGAAAUUUCUUCUAGUGUUACUGCAUAUGUAGAAAGUCAUUUUACAAUUGAAAAUAAUUACAAGCAUGAUGCUGUUGUGAUAUAUGGUGAUACUGACUCUAUUAUGGUUAAAUUUGGUGUAGAUAAUUUGGCUGAAGCAAUGGAAUUGGGCAAAAAAGCAGCUAAACAUGUGACAGAAAAUUUUAUUAAACCAAUUAAUUUGGAGUUUGAAAAGAUUUACUUUCCUUACCUAUUGGUUAAUAAAAAAAGAUAUGCUGGGCUGUAUUGGACUAACACAGAAAAAUGGGACAAGUUGGAUUCUAAAGGCAUUGAAACUGUAAGACGUGACAAUUGUCUUCUUGUUCAAAAUGUCAUAGAGACAUCCUUGAAAAAGAUAUUGAUUGACCGAGAUAUUGAAGGAGCUGAAACAUAUGUUAAGAAUGUUAUAUCUGAUUUAUUACAAAAUAAAAUUGAUAUGUCACAACUAGUAAUUACAAAAGCUUUAAGUAAAUCAGAGUAUAAUUCUAAACAACCACAUUCUGAACUUGCGGAGAGGAUGCACAAACGAGAUGCAGGUUCAGCUCCAACAAUUGGUGAUCGUGUUGCAUAUGUCAUUGUAAAAGGAACUAAAGGUGCUGCAGCAUAUGAAAAAUCAGAAGAUCCUAUAUAUGUUCUAGAAAAUAAUAUUCCGAUAGAUACUAAAUAUUAUUUAGACAACCAAUUAUCAAAUCCAUUAUCACGAAUAUUUGAACCAAUUCUUGAUAAAUUUAUAGUGGCAGGUAAUCAUACACGUGUCAUACAAGUAGCAACACCAUCUGUUGGUGGUUUGAUGAAAUUUACAGUUAAGACAGCUACAUGCCUAGGUUGUAAAACCCCUUUGAGCAAGACUGAUGCUGCAUUGGAUACCGUCACCAAAUUAGAAGUACAUUUUGCACGUUUAUGGACUCAAUGCCAAAGAUGUCAAGGAAGUUUACAUCAAGAUAUAUUAUGUAGUUCCAAAGAUUGUCCUAUAUGGUAUAUGAGAAAAAAAGCCCAAAAAGAUGUUCAAGAUGCAACAACUAUUACAGAGAGACUUAAUAAUGCGUGGUGA